UUGUAUUGAAAAAAUCGUCUGAGCGUGAAUACGGAAAUGUUCAACCAACACCCGAGUGACAUUUUUUAAUUUUUUCAUGUAUGUACUUUAACGUCGUAAAAUCAUCUCAUUAUUUUAGUUGUGAAGACGGAGAGGAUGCUGUUCAAUUCAUUGAUCAUUAAGUGUGUCGUUCAAUUGGAACUUAUCCAAAUGAUCGACAAUGUCGUCUUUUUCCCAAGCACCAGCAAGCGAGAAGAUGAAGAUACUAUGGCUGAAUUACAGAAACUCAUUGCUUAUGGUCAUAUUGUUGGUGAUACACCAGACUCCAUUGAACCAGAGAGGCGUUUAAUUGACAGAAUUAUCGACACUAUUUAUAGUUGCUUUACUGGUAUAAUUACUGAUGUAAAUGUUCAAAUACAAAUUAUAAAAUGUUUAUAAAAGUAAUCUCAAACUAUUAAAGUAUUUAAUGAGGGAAAUGAUAUAUCCUUGAGGAAUUUGAAGAUGGUAAUGACAUAUGUAUCCCUAGGUUUUUACAUUUUUUGUCUAAUUUUUUUUCUAUUUUUAAUAUUACGUCACCUACACCAGGUAUAACAUAGAGUUCACAAAAAAAUUCUCGUACUAUAUUGAACUUGCAGGAACGAUGUCUCUUUCAAAGGAAAGAGCUAUUUGUUAUAUGAAUAUAAGAAAAAAUAUGCUAGAAAGACAAUUCGAUCUUUUAUAAAAACAGGACAUUAAUUUAAUUUUCAAAGCCUUAAUCAAACUUUCUACUUUAUGAAGUUAUUAUAAAUUACUUACAAAAAUCAUCACAGAAAAGAGUAUCCAAACAUGUAUCAAAACCGUAUGAGGUACAUACCCAUAUUUUUCAAGGAGUUUAAUGAAGUUAAUCAUUUAUUGAAUCUAAAA